GAUGCGAUGAAGCUGUGCGCGAUCGUCGGACAAGGAUAUCUCUGGAUAGACCGUGUGUAUCUUGUGCAGGAUGACCUUAAGAGUAAACAGCAGCACCUCGAGGCCAUGGCUGAUACGUAUGCAAAAGUUGAGUUUGCAAUCGUUGCCGCAGAUGGG